AGGGGCUUUGGCUCAAGCGGCUCAAGCGGCUCGAGCGCCCGCUUGUAAUGAAGAUGCGCCUGGCGCUGGCCCGGCUUGCCCUGCUGCCCUUGGCGCUGGGCCUGUUGGUGCGGGAGAAGAGGAAUGAAUGCAAGAUCUUUGCGAUGUGGGACUACCAUCCCAACAAGGUGCCCUUCUUUAUCCAAAAAGACAUCGAAUCCUGGAUGAAGCAUUCCCAUGGUCGCUGUGGCAGCCCGGUGCUUCUCAAUGACACCAACAUCAAGGAGUACAUCCCUGAUCUCCCAGCGGAGUACUUUAGGCUGCCUGACCAUGGCGCUCGAUCUGAUGUGAUCCGGUAUGCUCUGAUCUACCAUCAUGGUGGCAUUUAUAUGGAUACUGACAUCCUGAUCGCCAAGGAUUUGACGGAAGUCUUGGACAAGGUCACUACUGGACAAUACGAUCUCCUCUCCUAUGCAGGGCGCAAGGACUGCCAGAAGUUCAGCUCCAACUUUUUGGCAGGCAGAAAGCACAGCAGCUUCAUGAAGGAAGUCUGGGAGGCACAGAAGAAGAAGCUGACCAACCACUGCGACUCUCACGGCAAGGAAACUCAGGCAUGUUGCCCUGAUGAUCCCAACCAGAGGUGCCAAGUGCACUGGGGUGGCCUGGGCGAGAUGGUGUCGCACCCGGUCUUCGAGGAGCUCAUACGCUCCAAGAAGAGCUUGAAGACCUACUGCUACGCUGAGCAGGAUGGCCAGUCCUUCGUGCCAGAAGGCCUCGGCACAGUGCUCUUCACCAAGCGCAAACUCAGCGAUGCCCUGCCCUACUUCAAGUCCAUCAAGACCAAGAACCCCGUGGACCGUCUGGCCUACCACCUCUUCAAUGCGCAGGGCUUCGAGAGGGAGUACGAUGGGAGCGCCAUUUUCGAUGCCUCCCUCUACGUGGGCGCUCUCUUUCGAAAGAGCUUGGGCAACAUCAGCUUGACUCACAUGCCUGCAGACGAUGGGCCUGCAACGUACUGUGGCUCCGAGGGCGAGAUGUGUCGCUGCGCGGGCCGGGUUUACUUUGGCCGCAAGUUCGACAAUGACAAGGAUGGGGAUCGCCUGACCUUGUCACAGAUGACGCUGGCACAACACAGGACCAUGAUGGCCAGCGGUCACAUUGCUUGCUCCAUCUCCGAUUUCGGAGGGGACCCUCAGAUCAACCGGCCGAAGCAGUGUUUGUGCCAGGCGAUGCAAGGCGUGCAGAUGAAGAGCCCUGCCAACGACGGGCCUGCCACUAUUUGCGCCAACGAAGGGGAAAUGUGCCACUGCCAUGGCAAGGCCUACUAUGGCCGGAAGUUUGAACAGAAGGAGACCGCUGCGCUGAGCCUGGCUGAGACUGUGCAGUCUGUGUACCGGAUGAAGACAGUGCAGGGCCAAAUCCGCUGCUCGCCGCAGGGUUUUGGAGGCGAUCCCUUGGUUGGGACCCCCAAGCACUGCCUUUGUCAGACGCCUCACUAGGCUCGAGGCGUUCGCCACUUCAAACCUUUGCGCGAAGUUUCUGUGCAAACUCGUGGC